AUGGCCUCCCAUGAUCUAGUCUGUGCCGGGGUGCGCAGAAGGAUUGGAAACGGUAGGGAUACAUUGAUAUGGGGACAUCCUUGGUUGUCUGAUGAUCCAAGUCCUUUGGUUCAAACGCACAUGCCUGAAGGAUUAAGACAAGCAUUAGUGAGUGGCCUUGUAGAUCAAGAUACGGGUACUUGGGAUCCACAUAUUCUCAAUGAUUUAUUUAUUCCUGAGGAUGUGAGCCGAAUCUCAAGAAUACCAAUAAGCCCAGAUUAUGAUGACACUUGGUAUUGGAAAGGGGACACACAAGGAAUAUACACGGUUAAGAAUGCCUAUAGGCGUAUUAUGGGGGACUAUUCUGAUGACCCAGGUGCUUUUGAUAAAUGGGUUACAUUAUGGAAAUUAAGAGUGCCACCCAAAUGGAAAACCUUUUUAUGGAGAGCCGUGUCUGGCAUACUACCCACCACUGAUAAUUUAAUUGUUAAACGGGUGGAGGUGGAUCCUAUAUGUCCCAUGUGUGGCAAUACACAGGAAAAUAUUAUGCAUGUACUGGUUUUAUGUGAUUAUUCUAAAAUGGUUUGGAAUAUUUCGGGAUUACCUGUCACGAAUAUUCAAACUAAUUUUUUCCAAUCAUGGUUCUUAGGCAUGAUGGACUCGUUGUUGGAAGGGCAAGUACGCCUGGCAGUUGGGAUCCUCUACUACUUAUGGCUAGCAAGGAAUUCGGCGCUGUGGGAGAGAGCCUUGCCACGGCCUACGGCUACAGUGAAGAGGGCGGGCCUGACCGAGGAGGCCUUCACCAGGCUCAGACGUGUGACGGCACAACCGAGUGCUACGGUGAUGCCGGAAAUCGAACCGUAUGGGCUCAGGUGCUAUUUCGAUGCAGGCUACAGACAACACACGGGGGAAGCAACGUUCGGAGUUGUGUUACUCAGUCACGAGGGUGUUUUUAUGGCAGCCUCGGCGGGGACACUACCUGGAGCUUUUUCACCCAUUAUGGCAGAAGCCCUAGCAUGCAAGGAAGCACUAUCGUGGCUUAAAGGGCGCGAUAUACAGAGGGUCGAUCUAAUCACUGAUUGCAUGGAGUUGCGUAACAUGAUAAAAUCAAGAAGUACCGGAACACGAUCGUAUGUUGGGGUCAUUGCGGACCAGUGCAGGACAAUUAUGUCAUUAUUUAAUUACUGUUCUUUACAUUAUAUUUCCAGAACUGCUAAUAUGCAUUCUCAUACACUAGCUUCGUUAGCUUUCGAUCAGGAACAUCCUAUGUACUGGGAUGUAAUCCCACCUGACUCUAUUACUAUGUUCAUUCAUUAA